GGUGGCUUCACAAAUAUCACACCACUUCUAGCACUGCCUAUGUAGCCCGUACGACCUUGUUGCGACGGUCACAACCUAACUUGCAAUAUGCAGGUGUACUUACCUGUGUGCAUAAAUCCCAUUUUCAGUGUCGAAUAUAAUGAUUUUUAGUUUCUCCCCCCCCUGGAAUUGUAAUGUGGGCUGUUCCCACGUUCAUCAGUUCUCUUUAGUGUUUGCCAAUGUUGGAGGUGUAACUGGGGUCUGGCCCUGGACAAAGGUAUAGAGCAUGGCUCAAGUGAAAGUGCAGACCUCAACGCCCCUGGCUGGUCCUGGCUUCUCCCCGCUGUCUCCCCUCGGGGCCAUGCCCAGUCCAGGACCCUUGGGUCUACAGCCCUCAGUCAAUGGCCCUGGACCCACCCCCGGCUGCCCUGCUCCCUCAGCCGGGGGUGGGCCCGACACCCCUGUGUCUGCCAACUCACCAGGCCCACCCCAGGAGAACAUGGCAAACCCUAAAGAGAAAACUCCUAUGUGUCUGGUGAAUGAGUUGGCCCGUUUCAACAGGAUCCAACCGCAGUACAAGCUGCUCAACGAGAGAGGCCCUGCACACGCUAAGAUCUUUACAGUGCAGCUGUGUCUGGGGGAGCAAGUGUGGGAGGCGGAGGGCACAAGCAUCAAGAAGGCCCAGCACUCCACCGCCUCUCUUGCCCUCACUGAGAGUCUUCUGCCCAGGCCCGCUCCUCGCUCUCCUACAGUGGACAUCAACAGCAACCCAGGUAGUAUCACCCCUACGGUGGAGCUGAAUGGUCUGGCUAUGAAGAGAGGCGAGCCAGCCAUCUACCGUCCGCUGGACCCCAAGCCCAUGCCCAACUACAGAGCCAACUAUAACUUCAGAGGCAUGUUCAACCAAAGGUACCACUACCCAGUUCCAAAGAUCUUCUAUGUGCAGUUGUCUGUGGGCACUAACGAGUUUAUUGGAGAGGGCAGGACUCGCCAGGCAGCCCGUCACAACGCCGCCAUGAAGGCCCUGCAAGCCCUCCGCAAUGAACCCAUACCUGAACGACCACCUCAGAGCCCCGAGGAGCAGAAGGAGGUGGAUGAGGGGAGUGAUGCCUCUAAGUCAGAAAUCAGUCUGGUUUAUGAGAUAGCCCUCAAGAGGAACCUGUCUGUCUGCUUCGAGGUCUUGAAGGAAAGCGGUCCCCCUCACAUGAAGAGCUUCCGGACCCGUGUGUCCGUGGGGGAGUUCUCAGCAGAGGGCGAGGGGAACAGUAAGAAGCUGUCUAAAAAGAGAGCUGCUCUCUCCAUUCUCCAGGACCUCAAGAAACUCCCCUUCACCCCGUUAGUGGAGAAACCCAAACUACACUACAAGAAACGCCCCAAGACCAUCCUCAAGACAGGUCCUGAUUAUGGCCAGGGGAUGAACCCUAUCAGCAGGCUGGCUCAGAUACAACAGGCCAAGAAGGAGAAGGAACCAGAAUACCUCUUACUGUCUGAGAGGGGCAUGCCUCGACGCAGGGAGUUCAUCAUGCAGUCUGUGCAGGUGAAGGUGUGCGGCGAGGUAGCCACGGGAACAGGGCCAAAUAAGAAGGUGGCGAAGCGGAAUGCUGCCGAGGCCAUGCUACUACAGCUGGGAUACAAGGCCUCCACCUGCCCACAGAGCCCUACUGAGAUGGACGACAAAGGCUGGAACGGACAAAAGACGGCUUUUAACGAAACUACAACUAACACCCAGAAGGGUCUGCUCCACCUCUCCCCAGACGUCUAUCAAGAGAUGGAGGCGAGCAGGAAACAGGGGACCCCCGUUAACUACCUGACCCCCAAACUAUCUGACCCCCUGGUCGUCCCCCUGUCCCCUGGACACACCCCCUACUACAGCCCCCCCGCCGUCGCCACGGCAGCCAUGGCGAGGGAGCUGUUGAUGAACGGGUCUGGAGACGGGAGGUCCGGGGAGAACGUGGGCCUGAAGGGGAAGAGCUCUGUCCAGCCCUCACAGCAGCUAGAGUACCUGGCUCGCAUACAGGGCUUCCAGGUGCUGUACAGCGAUGGUCAGAAUGGUAGAGAGUUCAUGACCUACCUGACACUCUCACCUGUACAGAUGACUUUCCACGGCAUCGGGAGCUCCAUCGAAGCCAGCCACGACCAGGCUGCUCUAAGUGCCUUGAAACAGCUGUCGGAGCAGGGACUGGACACGGUGGACUGCCCCAUCAAGAGCAGCGACGUGUGUGUCAGAGAGGACGGACACUAAAACAGACUAACUCAGGCACCACCCACCACUCAGGUCGCCAUGGAUACAACAGGCUGUCGUCAAGGAGAUGACCCCUGACUCUUCCCCCGUCACCUAUGACCCCUAUCCCCCCACCCCACGACCGUCGCUGCAUCCUGGCAACAAGCUGGAACAACAUGCAAUGGAGUGUGUGGAUGUGUACUGAGAAGGAUAAAAAAAAAUUAAAUAAAAAAAAAAAUAACCGACUAACUAGAAAAAGAUGGGGGAAAUAAACCUUUGAGUCUCUAUGUGAAGACAACACUAUCCUAACACAUUACAUGUAUUGAUCAUUUACGAAGAAUUUAAAUAAAUAAAAAAAUAUAUAAAAACUAGAUUGAGUAUAAACACCUAGAUUUAACCCUGUUGGAUAGAUGUGUAAUGGAAAGGGUUUACAACCCAAUGUGUAUAUCAUGCCAUAAAGACAGAGGCAACAUUAUAGGGGGGGGGAGAAUCAAAGUUGUGUAGCUUAUUUUCCAAGGGGUAAUUACGUUUCUGUUUAUUUUCUAGUUUAUUCAUCUAACAAUGCUUGAGUACUGACUGUAUUAUAAAAAUUAGCCAAUAGCAGUGCUGUGAAAGUUGUAGCUGUUGUCUUCUCAUACAGUAUAUUCACCCAGCUUAUCUUUCAUGCUGAUAUUAAUAAAAACAACAACAAAAAAAUAUAAUAUAUAUAUUACUUUUAUCAUCUAUCUAUAUGGAUGUGAAUGACUUGCAGAAAUAUCAUAUGCACAGAAAAAAAGGUUUCUUCAUGUGGACAAAAAGGCCAUCCUGCCUGGAGUUUAGCAUUAAGCAACAGAGCUAGCAGGCAGGCAGGGUAAGGGUCUAUUCAAUUGGAAGUCAGUCAAUUCAGGAAGGGAUUUGAAGUUAAAACAAAACAAAAAAAGCUUUUUUUUUUUUUUAAAUGUAUAAAUAGCUUAUUUUCAAUUAAUUGAGAAAUGAAUGAAAAAUGGAUGCCGUUUUGUUCGAUAAUUGAAUUGCAAUUUCAGUUUAUUUCCUGAAUUGACUGACCUCAAUUGGAAUUGAGCCCCUCUGCUAUCAGAUGACUGUGACGUGGUUAGAGGGAAGCUGCAGGUUGGGCCAACCUCUCCUCUGGGUCCUGCAGGGGGAAGCAGCAGGUUGGGCCAACCUGUCCUCUGGGUCCUGCAGAGGGAAGCAGCAGGUUGGGCCAACCUCUCCUCUGGGUCCUGCAGGGGGAAGCAGCAGGUUGGGCCAACCUGUCCUCUGGGUCCUGCAGAGGGAAGCAGCAGGUUGGGCCAACCUGUCCUCUGGGUCCUGCAGGGGGAAGCAGCAGGUUGGGCCAACCUCUCCUCUGGGUCCUGCAGAGAGAAGCAGCAGGUUGGGCCAACCUCUCCUCUGGGUCCUGCAGAGGGAAGCAGCAGGUUGGGCCAACCUCUCCUCUGGGUCCUGCAGAGGGAAGCAGCAGGUUGGGCCAACCUCUCCUCUGGGUCCUGCAGGGGGAAGCAGCAGGUUGGGCAAACCUCUCCUCUGGGUCCUGCAGAGAGAAGCAGCAGGUUGGGCCAACCUCUCCUCUGGGUCCUGCAGAGGGAAGCAGCAGGUUGGGCCAACCUCUCCUCUGGGUCCUGCAGGGGGAAGCAGCAGGUUGGGCCAACCUCUCCUCUGGGUCCUGCAGGGGGAAGCAGCAGGUUGGGCAAACCUCUCCUCUGGGUCCUGCAGGGGGAAGCAGCAGGUUGGGCCAACCUCUCCUCUGGGUCCUGCAGGGGGAAGCAGCAGGUUGGGCCAACCUCUCCUCUGGGUCCUGCAGGUGGAUAUACUAUGAAACAGGAUCAAUGAGUUAGCCAGUUAACUUUGAUAAACAGACAGAAAUAACAGAUUUUCUGAUUCAUUAAAAAAAGCUACAUUUAUAUGAGUUGUUGGUUGUUGAAGCAAUCAAGACCAAUUAAGAAUGUUUCGGCAAGUUAGCUGGCAAACUCCUUGAUCCUAAUUUGUAGUGUACCCCCUUGGUCUGCCUGCCCUUGGGUAAGGACACUUCACCACAGACAGCAUUACUAGAAUGGGUUCUUCUCACCAGAGAGGUAGAGGAGAGUUUGGCAGCCAUGUUGGUAAGGACCUAAAAGCAUAAUACCCCACCCCUGUAAAGUGUGUAAUGUAACAAAGCCCCCUUGCCUACCACCUACCAUAGAGGCUACCUACCGUUCUAGAAUGCAUAGUAGCAGAGUAUUCUGGAAUGGACAAGGUGUUCUAGAAUACACCUAAUGGGUUCUAGAAUGGACACCAUGUUGUUGAUGAUAAGGACGACAUGGUGAUUUAGUGACUAAAAGUCUCUAAUAGUGCAGUGAUUCUAUGUUCGUGGAUUUUUCCCACUUCUCUUACCUCCACAGUUUAGUCGAUUACAUCUACACCCAUUGUGUGUGUUGUAUUGACCUGGCCUUCAAGGCAUCAACUGGGUGCUUUUAAUCUCUGCAUUCUGAACCCUAUGAGCAAAAGAUGUUGAAAAGAAACUGAAAAUGUGUUUAAAAGACAACCUCUUUUAAAUACUGAAAAAAUGUUUUAAAUGUUGAAAAUGUGUUUAAAAGACAACCUCUUUUAAACACUGAAAAAUGUUUUAAAUGUUGAAAAUGUGUUUAAAAGACAACCUCUUUUAAACACUGAAAAUGUUUUAAAUGUUGAAAAUGUGUUUUUAAAAGAUGCUUAAAUACAUAUUUUAUAUUGAAAAGACGUCUUUUCGACAUCUUGUGCUCACUGGGAAUCAUCUCUGAAGUGGCGAAACCCUCCAGCCAUUAAUUAGCAGGGUUUCACCCAUUCAGAGAUCACUUGAAUCUAGGGUUGCGAAAUUCCGGUAACUCUCCCAAAAUUACCCCGUUUCCCAGAAAUCCUGAUUGUGAGACCAGGAAUCGUCCAACCAGGAUUUCUGGAAAACGAUCGUAAUUUUGCAACCCUACUUGGAUCACUUAGUUCACUGACAUGGAGGAUGUGGGAGGAGCAACGUGUUAUAAUAAGGAAACAGUGUCUCUUCCUGAAAUGCAGUAAAAUCACCUCGGUUCAUGUUGA